CAACCAUUGGUUGAAGAUUCCCCAUGCGGCGAACUGCGAAGAAAGCAAAGAGGCUUAAGCGUUCACCGCUGGACUGUGCAAGCCUUUGGGGCUGGCGAUCUGAUGACCUGGCGCUUUCUGUUGACUGGGCAAGGCUGCAGACAGCCUUCGACCAGCUUACAGGUCCAGCACUUUGGGCCAACAAGCUGAGCUACCGGAAGGUGGCCAACACGCUCACACUCCACGCCCGCGGGCGCAAGGAGUCCCUGAUGUCGCUCUUGGAGAGGUCGGAGCCAGACUCGGACGCGAGCACACAAGCCGCCUCCCCGCACUUUGUGAUCUCUCCGGGCAUCGCGCUGCAGUCUUCGCCUGGGAAGGGCCGGGGCUGGUUUGCCACGCGCCCCCUUGAAGCUGGCACCCUGGUGCUGCUCGAGCGGCCGCUGGUAGCUACGCUGGACGUGGAAUGGCGCGAUGAGCCAUGGGCCGAUUGCGCUAGCGCAGAUAGUACCGCACUAGGACUAGAACUGGCGCAUUGCUACUCAUCAAGCUUGGCUUUGCUCCUCAAGCACUUUCAUCCUGAGGAGCAUAUGCAGGCUUCAAGUUCAGACGAUGAGGAGGAUGACCCAGAAGCAGUUGCUGCCAUGAAGGAUGCAAUUGCUGUUGGUUGGCAGCAGCUCGACAUUCCGGAAGCCGCAAAGAGUCGACUGCAAGAUGUUGUGCGCUUGAAUUCUUUGGGCUUUUAUACGAACUCGGAGCAGCUGUGUCAUCAUGCGAACUUCACGGCUCUCACGGGCUCUGGGCUGUUUGCUCUGGCCAGUGGCUUCAACCACUCAUGCGAGCCUACAGUGCAGCGGUGCUCAAUUGGCGACCUGACAGCCUUCGUGACAAGUCGAAGGCUGCAAGCCGGAGACGAGCUUUGCAUCAGCUAUAUUGAGUCCGAGCUCCUGUGCGCGCCGAAGUCCUUGCGCAGUCAGUCACUGAACAGAGACUUCACAUGUACCUGCAGACCCUGCACGUUGAAUCAGCCCCCUGAGCUUGGAGCGUCGAGGAACUUUAUGCGAAUGGACGCCCAAGUUCAAGCCAGGCUCACUUUGCUGCCGCCCGAGGAAAGAGUUGAAGCAGUCGCAGCAGCACUCAGCGGGCAGCUGGAUGAGGGAGAGGAGGGUGAAGAGGAGCAACCAGAGAAGGAUCACGAAGUUGAUGAGGAGACGAAGGAGGGCACCGGCAAGACCGUGGUCUUGCUCGGCAAAGAUGCUCAAGAGCUUCGCGUGGUUCAGGCUGUUGCACUCAUGCAGCUUGGGCGCUGGGAAGAAGCGCUGAAGGUGUGGCGAGUUCUAGCUGCUUUCAGCUGCCACCACUGCCCACCGUUUGACGAAGCUAUCGCGGUUUAUGCUACACAGGCGUCCCUGUGCGCUGCUGAAAUCACAGGCGACUGUGCUAAGUAUGCUCGUUUGGCGGUCGAAGCGCACAGAGUGGCAUGUGGAGCAGACAUCUUCAAGUGGCGAUACUGCAAGGAGGUGGAGGAGUCGAAGGCCAGCCAAGCGGCGAAGGAGAGCUUUUGGAGUGCUGCCAAAAGCAGCCUGCCAGUCAGGCCCUUCUCCGAGGCCGUGCUUGACUGGAAGUUCUCAGAAGAUGAGGUACCAAAUGCAAAUCAGACCUUUGGCUGAGGGUGGCA